UGCACCGGGGACGCUGUCAUCCGCUCGGUCGCUAACGGACGCCGCUCGGUAAACUAUCUCUCGCGUUGUAUUUCCACCGGCGACGUUACGCUACCCGGUAUGCAAUUCCAGUUACACUGUGGUACAUGACCAUUUAAAGUGGCUCAAAUUAAAGGUAUGUGUUUAAUCCUCCGUCAAAUCGACGCUCAAUUCGAGGCCUGACUUCACUCCAGUCAGUUAGCAGCAACGGACACACGCAGCACCUCAUUCACCGACGAUACGAAGGAAUAACAGAGAGGAUGCCAGCUCCGAUCAGACUGCGGGAGCUGAUCCGGACCAUCCGGACGGCUCGAACUCAGGCCGAGGAGCGGGAGAUGAUCCAGAAAGAGUGUGCUGCCAUCAGGUCAUCCUUUAGAGAAGAGGACAACACAUACCGCUGUAGAAAUGUGGCUAAGCUUCUUUAUAUGCACAUGUUGGGCUACCCGGCACACUUUGGCCAGCUGGAGUGCCUGAAACUGAUUGCAUCACAGAAGUUCACAGAUAAACGGAUAGGAUACCUGGGAGCCAUGCUGCUGCUCGAUGAGAGGCAGGACGUCCAUCUAUUAAUGACAAACUGCAUCAAGAAUGACUUGAAUCACAGUACACAGUAUGUGCAGGGACUGGCCUUGUGCACUCUGGGGUGCAUGGGCUCAUCCGAAAUGUGCCGUGACUUAGCUGGAGAGGUAGAGAAGCUCCUCAAAACAUCAAACUCCUACCUGAGGAAAAAGGCUGCACUGUGUGCAGUUCACGUCAUCCGCAAAGUCCCAGAACUGAUGGAGAUGUUCCUUCCAGCAACAAAAAACCUGCUCAGCGAGAAAAAUCAUGGAGUUCUCCACACAUCUGUUGUUCUGCUCACUGAAAUGUGUGAGCGAAGUCCUGACAUGCUCUCGCACUUUAGGAAGCUGGUUCCACAACUUGUGCGAAUCCUGAAGAACCUGAUCAUGUCAGGCUACUCUCCUGAGCAUGACGUGUCCGGCAUCAGCGACCCUUUCCUGCAGGUGCGGAUAUUGAGGCUACUGAGAAUUCUGGGAAAGGGUGAUGAUGACUCUAGUGAAGCUAUGAAUGACAUUCUUGCACAGGUUGCAACGAAUACAGAGACAAGUAAAAAUGUAGGCAACGCUAUCCUCUAUGAAACGGUUCUUACUAUUAUGGACAUCAAAUCAGAGAGUGGAUUGAGGGUUUUAGCAAUUAACAUUCUAGGACGUUUUCUUCUCAACAAUGACAAAAACAUCAGAUAUGUGGCAUUGACAUCUCUACUGAAGACGGUUCAGACAGACCAUAAUGCUGUGCAAAGACAUCGAAGCACUAUUGUGGACUGCUUAAAAGACCUUGACGUGUCCAUUAAAAGGCGUGCAAUGGAGCUGAGCUUUGCCCUUGUCAAUGGCAACAACAUCCGGGGCAUGAUGAAAGAGCUUCUGUAUUUCCUCGACUCCUGUGACCCAGAGUUCAAAGCGGACUGCGCUUCGGGGAUCUUCCUGGCUGCUGAGAAGUAUGCGCCUUCCAAAAGAUGGCACAUAGACACCAUUAUGAGGGUUCUGACCACGGCAGGGAGUUACGUUCGGGACGACUCUGUGCCCAACCUCAUUCAGCUUAUCACAAACAGCGUAGAGAUGCAUGCAUACACUGUACAGAGACUCUACAAAGCCCUCCUGGACGACAUCUCCCAGCAACCUCUAGUACAGGUGGCAUCCUGGUGCAUAGGGGAGUAUGGAGAUCUGUUGGUCUCAGGCCAGUGCGAGGAAGAGGAACCUAUUCAGGUUUCUGAAGAUGAGGUUCUGGAUGUUUUAGAAGGUCUCCUGGUUUCUAACUUGUCCGCCCCUGUAACGAGAGGCUAUUCUCUAACUGCUAUCAUGAAGCUGUCGACCCGUUUCAGUAGUGUGAAUCGAAUCAAGAAAGUGGUCUCGAUAUAUGGCAGCAGCAUAGAUGUGGAGCUACAGCAGAGAGCUGUGGAAUAUAACGCACUUUUCAAAAAAUAUGAUCACAUGAGACCUGCAUUACUAGAGCGAAUGCCUAUCAUGGAGAAAAGUGCCACCAAUGGCCCAACAGAGAUUGUACAGACCAAUGGAGAAACAGAAGCACCCAUUCUGGACACAAAACAUCCGCCCAACAUCCCUCAGCCAACCAGUCAGGCAAAUGAUUUAUUAGACCUACUCGGAGGUAAUGAUGUAGUACCUGUUAUCCAAACAACCGUUCCCACAAAGCCGGCGUCAGCUGGAGGAGAACUGCUGGAUCUGCUUGGAGAUCUUUCUCUGACAGGCGGUCCAGCCCCCACCCCUGCUCCCUCUGUGCCCAUGUCCCAGCCUCCUUUCCUUUUGGAUGGUCUCACCUCACAGCCCCUCUUCAAUGACAUUGCAGCGGGCAUUCCGCCAAUGACGGCGUACAACAAAAAUGGAUUGAAAAUCGAGUUCACGUUUGAACGCUCCAACCCCAAUCCCAAUAUUGCGGUUAUCACCAUCCACGCCACCAACACCACCGAGGUGGACAUGACAGAAUUUGUGUUCCAGGCUGCAGUACCAAAGACGUUCCAGCUGCAGCUUCUUUCCCCCAGCAGUAAUGUAGUCCCAGCACUCAACCAGGGAAGUGUCACGCAGGUCAUCAGGGUUCUCAACCCACAGAAGCAACAGUUGCGAAUGCGGAUCAAGCUGACAUACACUCACAAAGGCUCUCCAGUGCAAGACCUAGCCGAGGUCAACAAUUUCCCCCCUCAGUCCUGGCAGUGAUUUGCUACCCUUCUCGAUCUUAAAGACCUCCCCCCAGCAAGGGAACUUAUGGGAAAGAUGUCCCCUCCCCAUUCCCAAAAUGAUCCCCCGUGACAUCACCACCGAUCGCUGCCCUGGGGUUGCAUGGGAAGCAGUGGAAUCUUCCUGACACUGAGAUGAUGGUAUGAAGACUGAUGAUGAUGAUGCGACAAUGAUGAAGAAAAAAAUCACAAUUAUCUCAAUACAUAUCUUUUCAUUGGUUACUUUGCCCGUCUGUCUUUCUCUCUGCUUCGGGGUUCGUGCAAAAAUUGUCCAUAUUCACACACUUGCACUUAACGUGCAUUCUCACGUAUACCCUCACUAUAUAGUGCACUCUGGUUCACCCUUGGCGCGUACAUGGGGAAAACGUCACUCAUGUGGCCACUAUUCAAAGGAGCUGCUUGGUUGAUUGUCUCUUUUGUUUGAUUUAUUAUUUUUUUCUUCAUGUUUUUAAUCUUGUUAAUGGGUUUGGUGUAUUUUAAGAUAAAAACGAAACAAAAACAUGCUGAAUGAAUUGCAAAGUCGGAACAUUUGCACCUUAAAGCAUUUCAGAAUCAAGAGGAACGCGGGUUGUGACGGCGCCUUAAAUUAUCAUUGUACAUGGCAUUUCUUACAUUUUUUCGUGUACGGUUGAUCUAAUGUCCUGUAAUAAAGUAAACCAGAUUGAAUGCUCCGGAUACACGCUGUGUUGUGGCUACACACGCACUGGUUUGCCUCAUUGUCUGUCAGCAGUCAUAACUGUGUUGAAGCAUCAUGAGUUAGGGAAGGUCAUUCGGCUCAUUCAUUGAUUCUCGACUUGUCGUUUUGAAGCAGGAUAGCUUCAUCGAUGAACAUAGAAAGUGGAUUGAGGUAAACUCCAUUGGCGUUUAAAGAAACACUCUACUUUUUUUGGAAAUAGGCAUCAUCUAGAGUUGAAGAGUCGAGUUUUAUCAUUUUUGAAUCCAUUCAGAUGGUUUACAGUGCUUUUAGCUUAGCUUAGCAUAAAUUAUUGGAUCGGAUUAGACCGUUAGCAUCUUGCUCAAUAUCAAUAAAAUUUUGAGCAUUAACUAAUUCCAACAGAAAAUGAAAAGUUGCUAUUUUCUUGGCCAAUAUGGCUAGGAACUAUAUUCUGGAGUAAUAAUCAAGGACAUUUGCUGUUGUUUAGCUCGUAUAGUUCUAGUUCCAAGAAAAUAGCAUCUUUUUAUUUUCUGGUUUUCUUAGUACAAUAUGUGACUAUAGAAGAGUUGAGCUUUAAACCGGAAAAUGAUCAAAAGUUUUUCAUUUUUGAGGUAGAUGCCAAUGGUCUAAUCCGAUUCAAUGAUUUAUGCUAAGCUAAGCUAAAAGCGCUCAAACCAGACCCUGGAGAUUGGCUAAAUUUUCACAAGUGGUAAAACUAAACUGUUCAGCUCUAUAUGAGCUGUAAAAUGAGCAUAUUUCCAACAAUAUGAACUAUAGUCUGUAUUUUUUGAGAUCAAUGCUAAUGGUCUAAUCUGAUUCAAUGAUUUAUGCUAAGCUAAAAGCGCUUAAACAGGACUCGGUGAUUGAAUUGAUUCACAAAUGAUAAAAUUCAACUGUUCAACUCUAUAUGAGCUGUAAAAUGAGCAUAUUUCCAACAAUAUGUAACUAUAGUCUGUGUUUUUUGAGGUAGAUGCUAAUGGUCUAAUCCGAUUCAAUGAUUUAUGCUAAGCUAAGCUAAAAACGCUUAAACCAGACCCUGGAGAUUGGCUAAAUUUUCACAAAUGGUAAACUAAACUGUUCAACUCUAUGGGAGCUGUAAAAUGAGCCUAUUUCCAACAAUAUGUAACUAUAGUCUGUAUUUUUUGAGGUAGAUGCUAAUGGUCUAAUCUGAUUCAAUGAUUUAUGCUAAGCUAAAAGCCCUUAAACAGGACUCGGUGAUUGAAUUGAUUCACAAAUGGUAAAACGCAACUGUUCAACUCUAUAUGAGCUGUAAAAUGAGCAUAUUUCCAACAAUAUGUAACUAUAGUCUGUGUUUUUUGAGGUAGAUGCUAAUGGUCUAAUCCGAUUCAAUGAUUUAUGCUAAGCUAAGCUAAAAACGCUUAAACCAGACCCUGGAGAUUGGCUAAAUUUUCACAAAUGGUAAAACUAAACUGUUCAACUCUAUGGGAGCUGUAAAAUGAGCCUAUUUCCAACAAUAUGUAACUAUAGUCUGUAUUUUUUGAGGUAGAUGCUAAUGGUCUAAUCUGAUUCAAUGAUUUAUGCUAAGCUAAAAGCCCUUAAACAGGACUCGGUGAUUGAAUUGAUUCACAAAUGGUAAAACGCAACUGUUCAACUCUAUAUGAGCUGUAAAAUGAGCAUAUUUCCAACAAUAUGUAACUAUAGUCUGUAUUUUUUGAGGUUGAUGCUAAUGGUCUAAUCCGAUUCAAUGAUUUAUGCUAAGCUAAAAGCGCCUAAACAGGACUCUGUGAUUGGCUGAAUUGAUUCACAAAUGGUAAAACUAAACUGUUCAGCUCUAUUGGGGCUAUAAAAUUAGCCUAUUUUCAAAAAAAAAGUGGAGUGUUCCUUUAAGAGUGUUGCUUGUUACUCUUUGCACAUCAUCAACAUUGUACUCCACCCCCCCCCCCCCUCCAAAAAAAUCCUCUAAUAUGAAAUAUGUUUGCCUCUACUCUUCACAGAUGGUGUUUUCUUGUAUUGAUUCUUGAUCUAUGUUUAUUUCAGAUAUUACAAAACAUCUAUGUAGAUUUAAAUAAAAAUAGCCUACACUAAAGAUUGAUUUUAGCACGAUCCCAGUGGAUCUAUUAAAUAUGAUAGCUUAAUCUUAAAAUUUGAUUUCUCACCAAAUUAACACCAAUAGAGAGGCCCGGCGAUGUGUAAUGAGGUUACGGUCAGCCUAGAAAGCUGUAAAUGUAGACUAUGAAUAUAAGGCCUUCAUGAAUGUAGUUAUAUGCACUGAAUGGACUUUUGUUUUUCGUUUGUUUGACUUUGUGCAGUGAUUUGAAGUACAGAAAUAUUGCCUGAUUUAAAGCAAUGUGCCUUUGUCAUAACCGGUGAUGCGAGACGAUUGGUUAUCGUUACAGGAACAGCAAGAAACGCGACGUCUGACGAGUAGAGGAUCUUUUCGUUUUGCUGUCAUUUCUGUCUUGUGUGUUGGUUCGUCUCUUCUCGCAGCUUCCAAAGGCAGUUCGCAACAUUAACCUGAAUAUACCUCACAUUGUCUUUCAUUUUUAAUUUUGAGAAUUACAACUGUCUCAUCAAGUCACCGAAAUGCUCUCUUUGGCGUCUGUACCCUCAUCUCUCGCUGCUCUUCGUUUUCUCGUUCACUUUUUUUUUUUAGGCGUGAUUUAAAUUCGCUCUGCCACACUGAAGUCUGGUGACCAAAAUCAAGAGAUAUUGGGGUUUGGGAAAUAUUUUUUAGCAAUGUUAUGUAUAUGGAGGAAAACGAAACGACUUCAUUCUGUUCGAUUCUGUCUGUCCCUUCGUUUGUUUGGCGAUUUCUUUCGAUUUCUUGGCUUGUUUUCUGUACAUAUUGAGGGCUUUUAAGAUGCAUCAUCGUCCCUUUUUAAGAUCCCAUUUUCUAAGACUUCCUUUCAGUACUGCACAGUGUAUAAUGUUUGAAGCUUUCCCCUCGGAAAAUAGUCUAACGUACCUGUUUGAUUGAUUGAUUGAUUGUUUAUUGGAAAGAAAAUGUACUAUGUGCUGCCUGUAUAUUGUAUAUAAUUGUAAAACGCAUCAAAAAGAUCAAAUCAAAUAAAAAUCCCAUUUGAAGACCUA